AUGUCGUCCAAGAGGAAGAAAAACGAUAGUUCGGACGAAGAAAGUGAUGAAGUCGAUUGGCAGAGGGAAUAUCGAAAGAUGAGUAAGGAGUUUUACAAGAAGAUGGAGCGGCUGAAAGAAUCGCGGGAAGAGUGUAGGAUGAAGCGCGGGGAGUUGCGUGAAAUGUCUUCGAAGAAUCGUGAGCUGGAACGCCGAUUGAAAUGGGCUAACGAAACACUCCUUGGAUCCCAGUCAAUGCUGAAUGUGAGAGGUGUUAUCGAGUUUCUCGAGGGGAAACAGGAAAUGCCGGAUUCCGUCAGACAGAGUGAUCGACACGACCGAUGGAAAUGGAUCUUCGAUAAUGAUAGCAAGUUCUCCAAUGAAUACACAAUUUGUCUUUGGGAAGCUGGUCACUGGAAACGGGUAUUUGUUGAAAGCAAAGGCGAUCUCCUCAUUGUCAGAGCGAAUUCACUCUCAUGUUGCAUUUGCUUGAGGACGUGUUUCGGAUCGGGCUUCACAUCGGCCAUCAAAACGCCGGCGAUCAACUCGGAGACACUGUUGGGCCUUGAACGUCUUCGCCUUCUAAAAGAAGAAGCGUACAUUGCCAAGGCUCCGGCAUUAUCGAACGCUCAACGUGAUUCGGAAGCCGUUUCGGCACAACGCUACUGGAUUGCCAUGGGAACUAGGACCGAUAUUGUUUCUGAUAAGGUAAAUUUUAUUUGCAAUACAAAUUCAAUCCAUUUAUUCCUGGCUCGUCUCAUCUCAGAAACGCUGAACGAUAGGAAAUUGACAUUCUCGAUGAAAGAAAAGACGCUCCCCCUGUGCAAUGCCAAAUUGAAACAUGACGAGAACGGAAUCGACGAGAAGCAGCUGGAUUCAUUGAUCGAGAUUCUCAACGGUUGGACUGGACCAAAGAAAAUUGCUCUCUGUCAGAAUGCUGCAUACACGCUGCGCCUUAUUGCCAAGAAAUUGCCCAUCGAUAAGCAACACCCGUCGUUGUCUGUACUCUCAUUUCGGUGCAACGGAUUGUCGACAAAUUUGCAUCUUUUUUGCGCCACACUUCACGGCGAUUCUCCUGCAUUUCUCGCGGCUUUCAGCUCGCUUUGUGGAUCAAAUAACGGAGAAGACUUGGGGCUAUCAGACGCACUGUUGAAGGUGGAGUUCCGUGUGAUUCGCGAUCCUAUCGCGAAGGUCGUUCAACAGCUCAAAACCAGCGAGGUAGAAAAAAGUCCCUCUGCGCCCUUUUGCUCAUUCUUGGCCGGUUUCUUCGAGGCGCGCAGUUUCCAAUGGGUUUUCGCAAGCAGUCAACAAUUGAUCAAGGAGAUCUUCUUGUCGGCGGUGGAAUAUCGAUCAACGAUGCGAAAGCCGGAGGUUUUC